GAGGGUGCUAUAUAUGUGCGCAGGGAGCCCGCGUCCUUUCCCUGGUGUGAUUCCGUCCUGCGCGGCUGUUCCUCGGAACAGUAGUCAUUUAUCUCCGCCCGCCUUCUCUCCCACCUAAGUGCGUGCCACCACCCCAUGGAAGAUUCGAUGGACAUGGACAUGAGCCCUCUGAGGCCCCAGAACUAUCUUUUCGGUUGUGAACUAAAGGCUGACAAAGAUUAUCACUUCAAAGUGGAUAAUGAUGAAAAUGAGCACCAGUUAUCUUUAAGAACGGUCAGUUUAGGGGCUGGUGCAAAGGAUGAACUACACAUUGUUGAAGCAGAAGCAAUGAAUUAUGAAGGCAGUCCUAUUAAAGUAACACUUGCAACUUUGAAAAUGUCUGUACAGCCAACGGUUUCCCUUGGGGGCUUUGAAAUCACACCACCUGUGGUCUUACGGUUGAAGUGUGGUUCAGGGCCUGUGCAUAUUAGUGGACAGCACUUAGUAGCUGUGGAGGAAGAUGCAGAAUCAGAAGAUGAAGAGGAGGAGGACGUGAAACUCCUGAGUAUAUCUGGGAAGCGUUCUGCACCUGGAGGUGGUAGCAAGGUUCCACAGAAAAAAGUAAAACUUGCUGCUGAUGAAGAUGAUGAUGACGACGACGAUGAUGAUGACGACGAAGAAGAUGAUGAUGAUGAUGAUUUUGAUGAUGAUGAAGCUGAAGAAAAGGCACCUGUAAAGAAAUCUAUACGAGAUACUCCAGCCAAAAAUGCACAAAAAUCAAACCAGAAUGGAAAAGACUCAAAACCAUCAACACCAAGAUCAAAAGGUCAAGAAUCUUUCAAAAAACAGGAAAAAACUCCUAAAACACCAAAAGGACCUAGUUCUGUAGAAGACAUUAAAGCAAAAAUGCAAGCAAGUAUAGAAAAAGGAGGUUCUCUUCCCAAAGUGGAAGCCAAGUUCAUCAAUUAUGUGAAGAAUUGCUUCCGGAUGACUGAUCAGGAGGCUAUUCAAGAUCUUUGGCAGUGGAGGAAGUCUCUUUAAGAAAAUAGUUCAGUUUGUUAAAAUUUUCCGUCUUAUUUCAUUUCUGUAACAGUUGAUAUCUGGCUGUCCUUUUUAUAAUGCAGAGUGAGAACUUUCCCUACCGUGUCUGAUAAAUGUUGUCCAGGUUUCAUUGCCAAGAAUGUGUUGUCCAAAAUGCCUGUUUAGUUUUUAAAGAUGGAACUCCACCCUUUACUUGGUUUUAAGUAUGUAUGGAAUGUUAUGAUAGGACAUAGUAGUAGUGGUGGUCAGACAAAUGGAAAUGGUGGGGAGACAAAAAUAUACAUGUGAAAUAAACUCAGUAUUUUAAUAAAGUAGUACUGUUUCUUUUUCUGUUAUUUUCCUCUUUAUACUUUGUCAAAGAAAUAAACACAUAGUUGAAAAGUGACAAACGGUAUAACUGCAAAAAAAACAUGUUUCUGAAUGUUCCAUCUGACAAUCUACGCAUUUCACCUAGCCUUUUCAUUCUCAAAGCCUGGUACAUUAACCAGGCUGCAAAACCCUUCUUCAGCCUUGGGUCUUCGCUUAAACCAGAACAGAAAGUGAUUUUUGUCUUGUUUCUUUUCUUAAUUUACCCAGCUUCGUCUGUAACCGGUGCAUUUUAUUUUAGAUCAUGGGAGAGAAGUCAAUUUUUAUUGCAUGUGGUGGUUACAUGAAGACAUUCAUUCAGGGUGAAUCAUUUGAGGUAUCUUUGUGUUUGUUACUGUGAAUUACAUGAUGCUAUUUCUAUUUCUCUUGUUUAGUACAUCCUGUAGUCUCCUAAUUCAUCAGGGAAGUGUUUUUAUGUCCUUGUAUAGCUGGAAACAACGGUUUUUGACAAAUCAAUGCUACCUAUUGGGCUGCAUCUUUUUCUCAAUUUUAAAUUGACUUUUGUCUGAUCUCAUUAUUUUGUGUGUGGCCAGUAUUUCUGAGAUAAUCAGGUUGCUUUGUUCCUGGUGUUUGAAAUUUUACUUGUCUCCAGCUCACUAGUUGGGCUGUGUGGGUGGGUUUUCCAGAGACUUGUCCAGCCAUUUUAUUGGGAGAUCUCUGACUCCUACAAACAGGUCUGCAUUCUUAGACCUGUUUGAUUUUUCUUGAGUGUUUCCCUCAUUCCAUUUUGUUUAAACUUUAGGAGACUUUGUUUUCUGUCUUAAAAUUUGUCUUCAUUGUAUUUUUACCUUGCAGUUGUUCUUUUGCUUUUUUGUACAUUUAGUUUCUAAAUAAAUAUCCCAUCUCAUGCCUUGUU